CGACAGUUAGCGAAUCAAAGGUGCAGCUCAACAUUGAUGGACGCAGGCGGCACGAGCUUCAACUUAGGCAUUCACGCCUUUGUAUGCAGCCUGACACCGACCUUGUAUUAUAAGACAAGUGGUUUAGAAAAGGGUCGCAUCAUCACAAUCCGGGCCGCCCUCCAAAACCCCAAGAGUCCAAGUUCACAAUGCAGCUCACCUACCCCGACAUCGUCCGCCGGCUCUACGACCUCGAGCGCCUAGCCGAGCCGCCAGCCCCGGGGGAGCGCGGCGGUUGCAUGUCGAGCUACGACCGGCGGUCUCGCUACGACCCCGAGACGGACCGCUACAUUGACUGGGACGCCAACGACGACGGCGGCGGCGUCAUCCGGGAGGAGGGCCAGUGGGUCGUCGCCUUUGAGCAGCGCGGGCCCGGCGUCAUCUGGCGCAGCUGGUCCGCCAUGCCCGGCGUCGGCCGCAUCCAGGUCUUCAUCGACGACGACGAGCAGGACGCCGAGCCGGCCGUCGACUUGCCCUUUCGGGACUUCUUCGACCGCUUCCAGGACAUGCCGUGCAACUUCCCCUCCAUCGCGCCGACGCUGUCGCGCGGCCGCAACAGCUUCAUCCCCAUCCCGUACAACAAGUACGCAAAGAUCCGCCUCGGGCCCGGCUGGGGGGCCUACUACCACUUCACGUACACGUCGUUCCCAGAGGGUACGCAGCUGCCGUGCUUUGACGGCACCUUUGACCGGGAAGCGUGCCUGGCCCUGGCCGCGGCCGACCGCAAGCUGAGCCGGCGCGGCUGGUCCGCGCUGCCCCGGGCCAAGGGCGACACGCUGGAGACGCUCACGGUCACCGUGCCUCCUGGGAAGGUCCAGGACGUAAGAGAGAUCACGGGGAACCGGGCCAUCACCGGCAUACGCGUCGUGCCGCUGGAUAUGCCCGAGGACCCCCAGCGGACGGCCCAAGUCCUGCGAGAGCUCGUCUUCCAGGUCACUUGGGACAACGACGAGUCGCCGAGCGUCUGGGCACCGCUCGGCGACUUCUUCGGCAGCGUCCCCGGAAUCCAGACGUAUCGGGCCCUCCCGCAAGGGUCGACCGACGGCGGCGGCUUCUACAGCCACUGGUUCAUGCCCUUCUCCGAGCGCGCCGCGAUCAAGGUGGGCAACGACGGCGAGGAGGAGCGGAGGCUCCUGUUCGCCGUCUGCCACCGCCCGCUAGAGAAGCCGGCCGCGGACAUGCUGCGGUUCCACGCCAAGUGGCACCGGGACGCGUUCCUCGAGAAGCCCGCCCGGGAGGGCCGCGGCAUCGACUGGCCCCUCCUGAUGCUGGGGGGCGGCAGCGGGCCGGGCCGGUUCUGCGGUGUGCAGAUGCACGUCUGGAACCGCUGGGAGGAGCCCGAGGUGCCGGCGGACGACUGGUGGUACGGCGUCGGAGGGCGCAAGUCCGUCGACUGGUGGUGGGGGGAGGGCGACGAGAAGUUCUUCGUCGACGGCGAGCGGUUCCCGUCCACGUUCGGCACCGGCUCCGAGGACUACGUCGGCUACGCGUGGGCCGCGGAGCCGCCCUUCCCCACGUUCGAGAGCGCCUACGCCUGCCAGCCCCACGUCGAGCUGGACGCCAACGGGCACACGUCCGUCUGCCGCUUCCACGUGUGCGACGACGUGCCCUUCCGCGACAGCUUCGAGGCGUACAUUGAAAAGUACAAGCCCAACGACUGGGGCCGCGCCAACAAGUGCCUCUACGCCGUCGUCGCGUACUGGUACCAGAGGGCCGGCGGCCGCGACGCGUACGCGAGCGUCCCGGUGGAGGAGCGGUACUUGGAGCAGAAGAGCCCUGCCGGCCAACGGACCGGGACGCGCGGGGACGAGGUGUAAAAAAAAAAAAAAAGGAGUCUUUGGAUCCUGCCCUUUGUGGGCCUCAGAACGAAGGAGGGGGCGGGGGGACUAUGAGGCGAUCGUCUGACGCUGUAAUGGGCAGAACCCGCUACUGAUCUUGCAUCGUCGGGGAACAAUCCUUUCGUCUGGCGUAUACCUAGUCUCAGGAGGAAACCACAACUCGCAGAAGACUGCAGACGUGACGGGACGCUAUAAUGUAAGGGUUGAAGUCAUGUAAGUUGUGAACCAAGAACAAGACUUUUGUUCCGUCUCAUAUAAUUAUACGUCUAUAUAACUACAUCUUAUGAAACAGGGUAAACAGAACCAUGAGCCCUAGUAUAUUACGAGCUUUCGUAUGGCGUGUGUGUAUAGGUUGCCAACACCGGACUCGUGGGGGCAAGAUAACACCCUUCAGAACCCAAGACAACUUAGAAUUUCUAGAUGCAGGUCUAGCGUAACCCC